AUGAAGGAGAUCCCGGCUGGAUUUACACAGGGCCCUAAUCUGUGGUUUAACCGUGGUCUGUCGAAUAAAACGACGGUGGGCUCACUCGGCACUAACCCCGAGAUGACUGUCUGCAGAGUGGGCUGGAGCCCAUCAUUGAAGUCCAUUCCUGCCGCCGCCCGGAGCUUGCCGAGGCAAGGAUUCCAGCUCCCAGGCUCCUCAGACAGCGGGGCCGGGAACGUUGGACUUUGGAGUCGCAGCACUUUCGGUGGGCACGCUUGGAGCGAGGCUGAAAGACGCAAUGGGCCGGGCCGGGCCGGGACUCGCACGUUGCCGAGGUGGCAUAACAAAGCUGCUCUCUGUUUUGUAGACAUGACAGAAGAGCAACUGGGUGACGUCAGUGGAGGAGACAGUACUGAGGCCUACAGUGACAAAGAUACAGACCAAAGGAGUUCUCCAGAGGUGACCAAGACCAAGAGCAACUUCACUCCUGAGAGCCCUGAAAUAGUUUCCGUUGAUGAGGGUGGUUAUGCAGUCCAGAAAAACAGUGGGAGCACUGACAGCAGACCCGAAAGCCCUAAGUAUCAACCGGAGCAGAACCAUUUCUUGAUUGAAGGUCCAUCAGGGACAGUUUCUCUGCCAUUUGGCUUAAAAGCCAACCGGCCACCCCUUGAAGUGUUAAAGAAAAUAUUCCCUAACCAAAAGCCAACCGUGCUUGAGUUAAUCUUGAAAGGCUGUGGGGGUGACCUGGUGAGUGCUGUUGAGGUCCUCCUGUCAAGCAGAUCCUCCAUAGGGGGAGGAGACAGAACUUCUGCAGAAUCAGAAGGCCUGGUUUUGCCUUCAAAUGGGCACCUCUUUGAACACACACUGAGCUCCUAUCCUAUUUCCUCUUCAAAAUGGUCAGUAGGGUCUGCUUUUCGAGUCCCAGACACACUGAGGUUUUCUGCUGAUACUAGUAAUGUUGUACCAAAUCCAUUGGCUGUUCCAUUACAGCAUCCCUUCCCACAACCUCCCCGGUAUCCAUUAAUGUUGAGGAAUACUUUGGCCAGGAACCAGUCCAGUCCAUUUCUACCCAAUGAUGUUACUUUGUGGAACACCAUGACGCUUCAGCAGCAGUAUCAGCUGAGGUCUCAGUAUGUCAGCCCCUUCUCUGCUAAUUCUGCCACGGUCUUCCGAAGUUCUCCUGUCCUUCCCACACGCCCAUCAGAGGAUCCUAGAAUCUCACUUCAAGAGGAUGGAUGUCCAAUUGUGGCAAAGCAACCCAUUUAUACAGAAGAUGACUAUGAUGAAAGAUCUGAUUCCUCAGAUUCUAGAAUAUUAAACACAUCUUCGUAAAAUGAUUAUUU